UCAUAAACAUAUGGUCGAGAUAAUUAUAAUUUAAGUUUUUCUCAAAAUGAGUACCGAGUAGAAACUGUGCUUAUAACUCUGUUGUGUUAUUGCUCUAUCUAUGCCCCCUAUAGCAAUGUUACUCUGUGUAUCAUUGAAUUUAUUGCGCCUCGCAUAGUCGCAUAUAAUAAGAAUUAAGAGUACUCUGUUGCGCCUCGCCAGCUGUUUUAUUUCAUACAAAAGUGUAACUGUGGAGUGCGGACAUAAAUAUUUGAACUUAUCGUGACUGUAAAAAUUGGUACAGUUGAACUAAAAAGUAGUAGUACAGUUGAACUUUGUGUUCUCAGGGAUUUACAACUAUCGCAAACUAUAAUAAUUUUUAUCUACAUAAUUAACAUGAUUAAGAAUUUGUAAUUUUUGAUAGAUCCAAAAAUAUUUAAGAUAGCUUAUUCAGUAUCUGAUAAAUAAUUACAGAAAACUUGUAGUCUAACCAUGAGCGAGCGACCACAACCCUUGAAAGCUAUCAAUAAGUUCUUUGAUGGCAAAGAACCAUGGCAAAUAGUGACGCUUACUGCAUCUUCAGUAUUAGCACUUGUUUGGGCACACAGUCUUUAUAAUGGAAAAGAAACUCCUACCGUAAGACUAAGGAAAGAGUUUUUCCGAUGGCUACGUCGAGUACCAAUAGUGAGGCGAAAAAUAGAAGAAAAGAUGUCAGAAAUACAGAAUGAUUUUAAAAAAGAUGUUGCCAAGCGAUUGGCUGGAGUUCCCAUAAAUAGACACCUACCAGAAAAUGGAAUGCCGUCAGAAAGGGUUGUUGAAGAGAUUAGAGAUCAUUUGAGUUUAGGGGCGUAUGACUGGAAGGGUGGCAACGUGUCCGGCGCGGUUUACCACACGAGCGAGGACAUCUGCCGCGUGGCGUGCGACGCGUACGCGCUCGCCGCGUACACCAACCCGCUGCACGCGGACGUGUUCCCCGGCGUCAACAAGAUGGAGGCGGAGGUCGUGCGCAUGGCGGCCAAUCUGUUCCACGGCGAUGAUCAGUGCUGCGGCACGGUAACUACCGGUGGAACAGAAUCUAUAAUGAUGGCUUGCAAAGCCUUCCGGGAUUUGGCUUACAACAACGGCAUAUCCAACCCCCAAAUGAUACUACCCACCACCGCGCAUACCGCGUUUGAUAAAGCUGCUCAGUAUUUGGGUAUAUCCGUGGUCACAGUGCCAGUGGAUCCUGAAACGCUGACUGUUGAUGUGAAUGCUGUCAAGAAGGCUAUCGGAAGGCGCACUUGUAUGAUAGUAGGAUCGGCGCCUAACUUCCCGUACGGCACGAUGGACGACAUAGAAGCGCUGUCGGACGUCGCGGUGGAGUACGGCGUGCCGCUGCACGUGGACGCGUGCCUCGGCGGCUUCGUCGCGGCCUUCAUGCCGGAAGCGGGCUAUCCGGUGCCGGUGUUCGACUUCCGGUUGCCCGGCGUGGCUAGUAUGUCCGCGGAUACGCAUAAGUACGGUUUCGCGCCCAAGGGCACGUCGGUGGUGUUGUACCGUCGGCCGGAGUACCGCCACUGCCAGUACACUGUGACCACGGACUGGCCCGGCGGCGUCUACGGCUCUCCCACUGUUAAUGGCAGUCGCGCGGGCGGUCUGAUAGCGGCGUGCUGGGCCACCAUGAUGUACAUCGGCCGCGAGCGGUACGUGCGCAUGACGGCCGACAUCCUGGCCACCACCACUUACAUCGAGACUGAGUUACGGAAAAUCCAAGGUAUCUACAUAUUCGGAAAGCCGGCGACCACCGUGAUUGCUUUCGGCUCUAAGGAGUUCGAUAUUUUCGCAAUGGCCGAACUUUUGCACAAGAAAGGAUGGAGUUUGAAUGCGCUGCAGUUUCCAUCUGGCGUGCACAUGUGCGUGACGCACGCGCACACGGGCGCGGGCGUGGCGGCGCGGUUCGCGCGCGACGCGGCCGACGCCGCCGCGCUCUGCCGCCGCAGCGCCCGCGCGCCCGCCGACGGGAAGAUGGCAAUCUACGGAGUUGCACAAAAUAUAUCAGACCGAAGCCUUGUGUCCGACAUCACGAAGCAUUUCAUAGAUUCCAUGUACUAUUUGCCAAAACCUGAAGAUUUGGAGAAGUAAAUGUUUUAUAUCAUUACCAGUGUACUUUUUUACGCUAUAAUUAGUAAAAAUAUUUAUAAAUUAUUUUCAAAAACACAAAGAGUUUCAGUUUGUAUGAAUGUAUUCCAUGUUUUUUAUUUGGUCAUAUAUACAUGGCGUUUGUUUGUCAUGGGUAGAGUAAGGUUUUUACACUUAAUAUGUUUAUUUUUCUGUAAAAUUUGAUAUAUAAUUUUUAAACACGCGGGUUUGUUAAUAGUUUUGUGGAUAGCUUUGUUAUGGAACUAUGUAAAUAUUUAUUGUGAUUAAAAAUGUAUAGUUAUGUUAUAAUUUCCUUGUAAUUUUAAGGAAAGUUUUAAAAAGUAUAUACUAUUUAUGAUACAUUCCUGGUCGAAAAUGUAUGUUCGUUCGAUUUAAUAGCUUAUAAAAAUUAAUAAAUUUAUUGAAA